CUUUUCUUUUCUUUUCUUUUUUGUUCUUUUUGGUUUUUCGAGACAGGGUUUCUCUGUGUAGCCCUGGCUGUCCUGGAACUUACACUGUAGACCAGGCUGGCCUCGAACUCAGAAAUCCGCCUGCCUCUGCCUCCUAAAUGCUGGGAUUAAAGGCGUGGGCCACCAUGACUGGUUGUUUGUUUGUUUUUCUUUUUCAAAACAGUGUUUCUCAGUGUAGCCUUGGCUGUCCUGGAACUCACUCUAUAGACCAGCCUGGCCUUGAACUCAGAGAUCCCCCUGCUUUUGACUCCCAAAUUCUGGGAUCAAAGGUGUGCACCACCACCACCUGGGUGCCCAGUUGUUAGUUUUUAAACUUACCAUUGCCCACUGUAAAAAGAAGUUUCUUUGACCAGAGCUGAUGGUAGCACUAUAUAUAAACAUAAACAUAAUUUUUUUAAACGCCAUUUGAUGUCUGCUUCCCGAGUGCUGGGAUUAAAGGCAUGCACCACCACGACCGGCCAGCAUGAGAGUUAUUAACAGCAGGGAGGAAGCUUCCCCCCCAACAUGAUUUUCUGUGUGUUGUAUACAACCAGAGCUCGUGCACUCUUCAGAAGUAGCACCUUACCACCCAAUUCUAGUGGGCAAACCACAUCUAUUGCCUGUGUGCUUUGGCAGGGGUCGGGGGUCGGGUGACUGCAUCUGUGUAUACAUGUGUAUGUGCCUGUGCCCUCAGAGGCCAGAGAGGGCAUCAGAUCUGUUGGCACUAGAGUUAUAUACAGAUGGCUGUGAGCUGCCAUGUGGUGCUGGGAACUGAACCUGGAUCCUUUGCAAGAGCAGCGAGUGCUCUAACCACUGAGCCGUCUGAUGCCUUCUUCCGUCCUCUGUCGUACACCAGACAUACAGACAAAACGCCCGGACACAAAGUAAAAGUAAAUAUUGUUCAAAAAUGUUUUUAAUUUGUAUUUUUUGAGUCUGGGUUUUUCUGGCUGACCUGGAACUCAUGUAGAUCUGCCUGCCCGUGCCUCCUGAGUGCUGGGACUAAAGGCGUGUGCCACCACCCAUAGCAUCAAACAAAUCUUAACUUCAGGUUAGGCAGCACAUUUGUCAAGUACUUAGUUUGAAUAUUAUCAGUUUGAAUAUUAGUUUGUAUAAAAUACUCUAGGAGUAUGUAAAUACAAGACGUAGCUAUAAUCUUGAUUUAAUAGACUAAUCAAAUUUGAAAAAAAUCAAUCAAAAUGAUAAAUGACACAUCAUUAGGUAUAACCUAUCUGAAAUGUGCCCAGAUCCAUAAGUAGGUAAAUCUGAGUGUAAGAGAAAUGUUCUUUUCUGGAGCUGUGAGUGUGUGUGUGUACAUACUGUAAGUGAGGAGGCUGGAAUGGGGUACGUCAUAGGAAGGAGUCUCUAAUACAGUGUUAACUGUGUGAGUGCUGGGAUUAAAGGCGUGUGCCACCACACCCGGCUGAUAAAUGUUUUUUAAAAGACAGAAGAGAGGGCUGGAGAGCUGGGUCAGUGGUUAGAGUUCUGAUUAGCUACUUCUCCAGAGGACUGGUUUUGGAAUUCCAGACAUAUACAUUGGGUGGUUCACAGCUCCAGGGAAUCUGUUUUCUUGGACUCCAUGGGUACCCAGAUUCAUAUGGCAGAUGCUCACCAAAUAUACACAUAAAUAAAAAUAAUCAAUCUUAAAAAUUAACAAAAGGACAGAAGAUAAAAAGUAAUAAAAUUUAGCUUCCUUAUACUGAAAUAAAAUGUUCCCAGUGUUAAGUCAUUGCUUGUUUUGUGCCGUAUGCUGUUUAAGACAUUGUAUAUUUCAGUGAACAAAGCAGAAAAAAAAAGUCCCUUGUCCUCUUUGAACUUGUGUUUUAGGAAGGAACUUAGCGUUGCCUGGUAAUGGUCACUGUUUAUUUUUAGCAUUUCUCUUACUCUUUUUAUAGCGCCCGUUUGCUGUGGUGGUGGAUAUGUGGUGGUGGAUAUGUGGUGGUGGAGAGCAGACCAGUUGCUAGAACUGAAUGCAGAUGUCUGACAGCAGGAAGAACAUUCUCUCAGUGCGGUCACUUGGCGGAACUGGUUUUGUACACACGGAGACAUCCUGUCUCUAGCAGUUCUGUUCUCUAGGCAGUGUUAUGCUGUGGUUGAUGAUCAUGAAGCUGGCAAGAGGAAAAGCUGAUCAACUCACUAGUGUACUUAUAUCGUCAGAUUCUGGAAAAAGCCAUUCAGUUAUCUGGGACAGAACAACUAGAAGCAUUGAAAGCUUUUGUGGAAGCGAUGGUGAAUGAGAAUGUCAGCCUCGUGAUCUCACGGCAACUGCUAACAGAUUUCUGCACACACCUCCCUAACCUGCCAGACAGCACAGCCAAGGAGGUCUACCAUUUCACCUUGGAGAAGAUCCAGCCUCGGGUCAUUUCCUUUGAAGAGCAGGUUGCUUCCAUAAGACAGCAUCUGGCAUCUAUUUAUGAGAAGGAGGAAGACUGGAGAAAUGCAGCCCAAGUGUUGGUGGGGAUUCCUCUGGAAACAGGACAAAAACAGUACAACGUAGAUUAUAAGCUGGAGACUUACCUGAAGAUUGCAAGGCUAUACCUGGAGGAUGACGAUCCCGUCCAGGCCGAGGCUUACAUAAACCGAGCGUCCUUACUUCAGAACGAAUCCACAAAUGAACAGUUACAGAUACACUAUAAGGUUUGCUAUGCGCGUGUCCUUGAUUACAGAAGGAAAUUCAUUGAGGCCGCCCAGAGGUACAAUGAGCUCUCUUACAAGACAAUAGUCCAUGAAAGUGAGAGACUAGAGGCCUUAAAGCAUGCACUGCACUGCACCAUCUUAGCAUCGGCAGGACAGCAGCGCUCUCGGAUGCUGGCUACUCUUUUUAAGGAUGAAAGGUGCCAGCAACUAGCUGCAUAUGGGAUCCUAGAGAAGAUGUACCUAGACAGAAUCAUCAGAGGGAACCAGCUUCAAGAAUUUGCUGCUAUGCUGAUGCCACACCAAAAAGCAACGACAGCUGAUGGUUCCAGCAUCUUGGACAGAGCUGUUAUUGAGCAUAAUUUGUUGUCAGCAAGCAAAUUAUAUAACAAUAUCACCUUUGAAGAACUUGGAGCUCUUUUAGAGAUCCCUGCAGCUAAGGCAGAAAAGAUAGCAUCUCAGAUGAUAACGGAAGGACGCAUGAAUGGGUUUAUUGACCAGAUCGAUGGAAUAGUUCAUUUUGAAACACGAGAAGCCCUGCCAACAUGGGACAAGCAGAUCCAGUCACUUUGUUUCCAAGUAAACAACCUCCUGGAGAAAAUUAGUCAGACGGCCCCGGAGUGGACAGCACAAGCCAUGGAAGCGCAGAUGGCCCAGUGAGCCCUCAGCGCUGUGCGCACUGCAUCUUUGCCACUUCGUGCAGAUUGAUUCACUGCCCCUCAAAGCAUUUGCAUCAUGACCUUAGACAUCUCAGCCUCCUUUGCUGGAUCCCACUUGAAGAAGAUGCUAGAGCAAGAAGUGCAUCGUUUAAACAUAAUAGCUCCCGUGAGAUCUGGGUCUGUGUAUUGAACUAACUCAGACGCUUUGAAAACUUGUUCUUUAAGUGGAAGUGAAAGACCUGAAGUUUGGGAUUUGUGAUCACUUUGUAGUCAUGUAAAACUUAAGUGCUUUGUGCCUCUCCACAUGUGGUUACUCUAAUAAACGGAGCGGUGAGCCAAAUAAAGGCAGUACUUGGUUUUUAAUUA